AUGCUUGCUCAUUCACCAAGAGAUCGCUCUCGAUCACCUCAUAGUACUGACGGAACUUCAUCAGCUAAACAAUUACAUCAUUCAAAUCAAAAUGAUUCAUCGGGUCAAAUUGAAUCGACUGAUAAUAGUAAAGUUAAAAAAGAAAAUGAAUCACAACAACGUAUAAAAAAUCUUAAAUCAUUUAUUCAAACAUUAAUUAAUGAAUCAACAUCAACCGGUUCAACAUAUGAUGAACAACUGAAAACACUUGAAAGUGCUUGUAUUGAACAAUAUCGUGAUUUAUCUAUUGAUCGUAUUCGACGAAUGAUUCGUAGUACAUUAAAAUUACGUAAAACUCAAUCAUCAUCUUCAACACAUUCAUCACAUACAACUAAUUCAUUUGUACAUAAGGAUCAUUCUAAAGUUUUAUCUACAACAAAUGAACGUUUUAAUUCUAAUGAAAACAAUAGCAAAAAAAAUCGAUCAAAUUCAAUUUCACAUAAUCCAACAACAAAAACAUCUGAUUUGGUAUCAUCAUCAACAUUGUCAGCACUUGAUGCUGAUUUUCUUCGUCAUGCUUUUUCUCAACAAUUUCGACCAUCACUUGAUUUAUCUGCUUAUUUUUCACCUACUACUCCUUCGAAUGGUACUAGUUCAACAUCAUCUCUUUUUCCUCCAAAUUUUUCUUCAUCAACUUUUCUUCAAUCUUUAACAAAUACAACAUCACUUGCACCACCACCAUUACCACCACCACCUCCACCAACAUUUGUUUCAUCUCAUACCCAUACGAAUGGAACAAGUGAUUCAUCAUCAAUUAAAUCAUCAAAACAAAUGAAAUUAUCUAACACAGAAGUAAAUUCUAUUAAAGUUCUCGUCAAUGCUUAUCGUGAAGCAGCUUCAUAUUUAUGUCGAUCAGCUGAUGAACUUGAACAAUUAAUAUGA